UGUAUCCUCUGAUAUUCAUGAAGAGGCGGGGUUCUGCGGGGAAUCCCUCCUCGGAGUGACGUCAGUAUACGUGCUGGCGGGAAAAAGGAAGAGUCCGGAGAAGAGUGGAGGUGAUCGGUGUGUGUGGGUCUUCACUGUCCAUGAUGGAAGAGGAUCUGGCCCUGUCUGAUGAGGCCUCCGAUGCUGGAAGUGAAGAAGUCCUGACGCCUGCAGAACUCAUUAACAAGCUGGAGGAGGCUUGGCUCAAUGAGAAGUUUGCACCUGAACUACUGGAGAGUAAAUCUGAGAUAGUGGAGUGUGUGAUGGAGCAGCUGAACCAUAUGGAGCAAAAUUUGCAACGAGCGCAGCAGGGAGACCUCAAGAUCAGCUUCCAUCACAUGGAGAUAGAAAGAAUCCGAUUCAUGCUCAGCAGUUAUCUACGCAGUCGAUUACUCAAAAUAGAGAAGUUUUUCCCGCAUGUUCUGGAAAAGGAGAAGGCUCGUGGGGAAGGAGAGCCUCCACAUCUGUCCCCGGAGGAGUUUGCUUUUGCAAAAGAGUAUAUGGCGAACACUGAGACUCUACUGAAAAGCGUGGCUCUGCGCCACAUGCCCCCAAACCUACAAACACUGGACUUGUUGAAAUGUGUGCCCAAACCAAACCUGGACUCAUUUGUGUUUCUGCGGGUGAAAGAAGAACAACAGAGCAUCCUGGUGGAGCCAGAGACAGAUGAGCAAAGGGAAUACGCUAUAGACAUGGAGGUCGGAUCUCAGCAUCUUAUCCGAUAUCGUACAAUAGCGCCCCUUGUGGCCACAGGAGCCGUGAAACUCAUCUAAAAUCGCAGAAAGAACAUCUGAUAUGGUCUGAGCUGCAUGGUGCAAUGCCUGUUCUGACCAGAGGAUGGCAGCAGAGGUGUAUUGAAAUGACUGAGCCUAAGAAUCUGAACUUUUCUACAUUCUCAUCAGUUCAUGACUUCGAGUAAUGAGUGUUAUUGGAUUAGCAGUGGACAUUUUUCCAGAACUGAUGAGCAUUGAAUUUAUGUGUAUGCUGGAAAUGGCUGUGGAUUAUACAGAGAAUUAUUUUUGUCUUGUGAAGUUUAUAAGAUGUUGUGUUCAUGUGCAAGUCUACAGCCAUGCGUAUCGGUGUCUAUGCAGACAAGUCUACAGCCAUGCGUAUCGGUGUCUAUGCAGACAAGUCUACAGCCAUGCGUAUCGGUGUCUAUGCAGACAAGUCUACAGCCAUGCGUAUCGGUGUGUAUACAGACAAGUCUACAGCCAUGCGUAUCGGUGUGUAUACAGACAAGUCUACAGCCAUGCGUAUCGGUGUCUAUGCAGACAAGUCUACAGACAUGCGUAUCGGUGUCUAUGCAGACAAGUCUACAGACAUGCGUAUUGGUGUCUAUGCAGACCAUGGAGCCAUGUGAUGGUGCAUACAGUAGAGUUUAUCUAUGUAAUGCAAUCUUCCAUCAUGCAAUGCACUGCUAGGAGGAUGUCAUGUCACCAGGCACAAAAAUACCAACAUGUAGCAUAUAUGUAUUCUUAUUGUUUGCUCAGCACUCUUUGCAAAUGUGUACUUGGAGAAUUGGGAGGUUUGAUAAACUUUAAUGCAAGUUUUAAAGUAUCAACAGAGAAUAAAGAUUUUGUUACAAUU